AUGGGGAUUUCCGUUUUCAUAGCCGGUUUUGUCAAUUUAUUACUUCCGAUCGCUUGCAAGUAUCAUUAUUUACUUGCAUCGAUGAUAAGAGCUGUACAAGGAUUGGCACUCGGUGUGACUUGGCCUGUCAUGCAUUGGCUAUCAGCUAGAUGGAUACCACAAACGGAAAGAAGUAAAUUUAUGACUUCUUAUCACGGAGCAGCGAUAGGAACGGCAAUAACUUAUCCCUUAAGUGGUAUUAUAAUAACUCAUUACGGUUGGGAAUUUGUUUUUUACUUUAUCGGUAUCAUAACACUGAUAUGGUGCGUCGCAUGGUGUCUGUUGGUAUACGAUUCUCCUAACGAACAUCCUCGAUUGACCGAUAAGGAAUCGAAAUAUUUAAAAGAAAAAAUUGGAAAUGUCGUCACGCUGGACAAGAGAAAAGUAACGAAGACGCCAUGGAGAGAAAUAUUAACGUCGAAACCUUUUUGGGCUGUUUUAAUGGCGUCACACGCAUUAAUGUGGGGAACGAUAACGUUAUCAAUGCAAACUCCAACGUAUUUUUACGAAGUUCAUCAAUUGGAUAUUAAAUCCACUGGAUUCGUAUCUGGAAUUCCAGAAGUAUCAAAAUUUUUAUUCGCUCUUGUUUUUUCAACGGCCAUUGAUAAAAGUAUAGCAAAGAAAAAAUUAAAAAUGACGACAGCAAGAAAAUUAGCCGUUGUCGUGAGUGAAUUUUUUCCCGCCAAUUUGUUAGUCAUACUUGGAUUUCUAGGAUCUUCAAAUAAAAUUUUAGCAACGAUUUUAUUAAGUGGUAUAAGUCUUUUGGGUGGUGCCAGCACAUCGGGUAGUUUAGCAAACGUUGUUGAUCUGAGUCCGAAUCAUGCAGGUAUACUUUUGGGAAUAAUAAAAACACUCACUAUAAUACCAGGAGUCGUGUCACCACUUUUUGUUAAUUAUUUAAGAGGAGAUCAUAUGUUGGAUGGUGGAGACAAAUCCGAACAGUGGAAAAACGUUUUCCUACUACUGGCAAUCAUUUUUAUAUUUUGUAGUUCUCUUUAUGUUAUCAUGGGCUCUGGAGAAGUACAAUACUGGAACGAUUUGGAUAAAAAAGAAACGGAAGAAGUUGUUUUUCUAGAAGAAUGUAAAACAAUCCAAGGACAAGAAAUGGAAAAAAAUAUUUAA